UGGACAACGCGCCACGACACCCCAAACGCGAAACCGACACCCGAAACGCGCACGCGACACCCGCACGCGACCGGACACCCCACGCGCACCACACCCCCGCACCGCCGAAACCGACACCCCGCACGCGCACGACACCCGCACGCGCACCGACCCCCACGCAGCGCAACCGCACCGCACCCACCGCACGCCACGACACAACGCACCGACACCCCAGCCACGACACCCACCCCCACACCCGACCCCACGCGCACCGACACCCCGCACACACCCCGCACCGCACACCACACGACACCCCCCACGCCACAGACACCCCACGCGCACGAACCCAACGCGCACCACACCCCCACGCGACCGACCCCCACGCGCACGACACCCGCACGCCACCGACACCCCACGCGCACCGACACCCCGCACGCGCACCGACACCCCCCGCGAACGACCCCCAGCGACCGCGAAAAACCCGCGCACCGAAACCCGCACGGCACCGACACCCGCACGCGCACCGACAGACCGCACGGCACCGACCCCAGCCCGACACCCGCACGCGCCGCACCCCACGCGCACAACACCCCACAGCGCCCGACACCGCAACGCGCAACACACCCGCACGCGCACCGACACCCGCACGCAGACACCCACACCACCGACACCCGCACGCGCACCACAACCCAGGCACCGACACCCCAAGCCACGACCACCCCGCACCCAGCACACCCCGCCACACCCCGCCGCGCAACGACACCCCACCCGACCGCACCCACCGCCCCACCCACCCACAGCGAACCACAACCACGCACCGACACCCACGCACUACACACCCACGCGCACCACACCGCACGCGCACGAACGACCCCCGACACCAACCACACACCCCCGCACCGACAGCCACCGCCACCGACACCCGCACGCGCACCAAAGACCCCCAAACCCGCAGCCCACACCCCCAACCACACACCCACGCGACAACAGCCCCACGCGCACAACCCCGGCGCGCACCCCGCCCCACCCAGCCACGGCACGACACCCGCACGCGCAGACACCCGCACGGCACCGCACACCGCACGCGACACCGACCCGCACGACACCCGCACCGCACCACACCGACCGCCCCCACCCCACGCGCACCGACACCCCACGCGCACCGACACCCCCGCGCACCGACACCCCACGCGCACGACACCCCACGCGCACGACACCCCACGCGCACCGACACCCGCACGCGCAGCGAACCCGCACGCGAAAGGACACCCGCACGCGCACCGACACCCACGCGACCACACCCGCCCCGCACCGACACCCCCACCGCACCCACCGCAGCGCACCGACACCCCACUGCGCACCGAACCAGCACCGACACCCCACCCCGAACCGCACACACGCAGCGACACCCCCACGCGCAGCGACACCCGCACGCGAACCGCGAACCCCCCGACGCACCGACCCCACACCGCACACACCCGCACGCGCACCACACCCCACGCGCACGACACCCGCACGCCACACCCGCCACCACACCCCCACGCUCACCGACACCCCACGCCCACCGACACCCGCACCGCACCACAGCCCCACACACCCACACCCACCCACCCACGCGCCGACACCGCACGCGACCAACCCCAGCGCAACGACACCCCACGCGCACGACACCGCACGCGCACGACACCCCACCGCACGACCACCCACCGAACCGACCCCCACCCCAGACCCACCACCACAGCGACACACACCGCAGCGCCACCACACCCCACCCCACCGACCCCCACGCCACCGACACCCCGUCCACACGCACGCACCCACCCCACAACCGCGUCCCGACACCCCCACCCCGACCCCCGCACGCCACCACCCACCCGCCACACCAACCGCACACCACCCACGCGCACCGAACCCCACAGCGACCCGCACGGACGACACCCGCACGCGCAACCACCCGCACGCGCACCGACACCCCACGCGACCGACCAACCGACCCCCCGCGCGCACCGACACCCGCGCGCACCGACACCCGCACGCACACCCCGCAGCGCAAACCCCACCGCACGACACCCCACGGCACCGACACCCGCGCGCACGCCGCACGCACCCCCACGCGCCCCGAACACCACGCCACCGACACCCCACGCGCACGCGACAACCGCACGCGCACCGACACCGCACGCGCAGCCCCCGCACGACCCCACGCCGACACCCACGCGCACGACACCCGAAGCGCACGACACCGCCGCGCACAACACCCGACGCGCACCGACACCCACUCACCCGCCGCCCGACACCCGCACGCGCACAAACCCCCCACGCCCCACCACCCACGGACGACACCCGCACCUCACCGACACACACCACACCCCACCCCACACCCCACCGCAACCGACACCGCACCCACAACCCCACGCCACCCACCCCACGCGCACGACACCCCACGCCACCGACACCCCCGCGCACGACACCCGCACGCGCACCGACACCCACGCGCACCGACACCGCACGCGCACCAACCCGCCACGCGACACACCCCCACGCGCACGACAACCGCACGCGCACCGACACCACGCGCACGACACCCACGCGCACCGACACCCACGCGCACCACCCCGCCCGCACCACACCGCACCGACCGAACACCCCCACGCGCACCGAACCGCACCGCACCGACACCACCCACACCGGCACGACAACCACGGCACGACACCGCACGCGCACCGCACCGCACGGCACCGACACCCGCAGCCCCCAAAACCCCGCACGCCACAACCCCCACGCGCACACACCCGCCCCCACACCCGCAGCCCCCGGCCGCACCCACGCAGGCACCGACACCCCCGCCACCGCACCCGCACCGCACCGACACCCACGCGCACCGAACCCGCACGCCCACGCCACCGCACCGACGACCCGCACGCGCACCGACAACCC